CUCUGCCUCGCUCUGAGCCCGGCGGCGAGUGAGCUGCGCCCACUGCCGGUGUGGGGGCGGUCCUGGCGCUUCCCACGCAUCACCCCCAGCCUCUGCAGUAGAACCCCGAGGAGGCCCGGGUUGCUCCGUGUCUCCGCCCAGCUGCAGCGGCCUGCGUUACUGCCUUGGUGCUGCGGCUGCAGAAGCUGCGGCAGCCUGUGCUGCAGCCUUUGCGCCCUGCGCACCGGACGAUCAGGAUAGCGUCGCCGCGUCCUAUCCGCGCUCCCUUCCGCAUCCCCGCCCCUCGCUCGCGCCUCCUCCGGGGCUGAGAGUGGUACGCGGCUCACUGCGGCAGCGCCGGUCCCGGACUGCCCGUGGGAGGCACACCCACCUCUCCCGGCCGCACCCCUGCGCAGCAGCAUGUCCGCGCUCGAGUGGUACGCCCACAAGUCUCUGGGCGAUGGCAUCUUCUGGAUUCAAGAACGCUUCUACGAGUCAGGCAACCGCGCCAACAUCUGGCUGGUGCGCGGCUCGGAGCAGGACGUGGUGAUCGACACGGGCCUGGGGCUGCGCAGCCUCCCGGAGUACCUUUACUCUUCCGGCCUCUUGCAGGACUGCGGGGCUAAGGAGGAUGCUGGGCGCCGGCCGCUGCUGGCCGUGGCCACCCACGUGCACUUCGAUCACUCCGGGGGUCUCUACCAGUUCGACCAAGUGGCCGUGCACCGCGCCGAAGCCGAGGCCCUGGCUCGCGGGGACAACUUUGAGACCGUGACCUGGCUCUCUGACAGCGAGGUGGUGCGGGCCCCCAGCCCUGGCUGGAGGGCCAGGCAGUUCCGAGUGCAAGCAGUGCAACCCACCCUCAUUCUGCAGGAUGGGGAUGUGAUCAACCUUGGUGACAGACAGCUCACUGUUAUGCACAUGCCAGGCCACUCCAGAGGCAGUAUUUGCUUACAUGACAAAGACCGGAAGGUUCUCUUCAGUGGCGAUGUGGUGUAUGACGGAUCACUGAUUGACUGGCUCCCGUACAGCAGGAUAAGUGACUAUAUUGGAACUUGUGAACGUCUCAUAGAGUUAGUGGACACAGGUCUUGUGGAGAAGGUGCUUCCUGGGCACUUCAACACCUUUGGUGCUGAAAGGCUUUUUCGUUUAGCUUCUAACUAUAUUUCAAAAGCUGGGAUAUGCCACAAAGUGUCUACUUUUGCCAUGAGGUCGCUUGCAAGUUUAGCCCUCCGUAUAACAAAUUCUAGGACCUCACCUUAGUAUCUGUACUGAUUUAUUUGUUUGCAUUAACUGUGUAAAUUAACCCAGUUCCCUUGUGUUGUUUAAAAUGGUUACUCGUGAGCAUUUCAAGAAGUGCUUUUAUAUAACCAUGUUGUAUAUUAGAGAAAAAAAGGAUUAAAAAUGGGGAAACAAAAAUAAAGAAAAGCAGUCUUCGCUUUGUAUCCUUUUCUUUUUUGCAAGGAAAAAGCCGCUUACGUGAGCUUGUGAUUGGCCAGCGCUGCUGUUCCAGAGUGUUUGCUCUGGGAAUGCUGGGGAGUGAUGUGGGCAGCGAUGUGGGCAGCAAGGAUGCACUCCCUCAGGGCAGCACCAGGCUUGCCCUUGCUCCUCCUCAGUGCGCUUCUCAGGUGCCUAGAGGAAUCAAAUGUAGUUCUAUGCUUGCACUUCACACUUGGUUUUAUUUCCGUAUUUUAUUUAAAGAUAAAGUUUCUUGAGUUCAAAAAUAAAGUAGAACUCAAUAUAAAUUAGCAUUUAGAAUGACAGCUAAAACAUCCCAUGUUUGUAAUCCUGAAUUUUAUGCCUCCUUGUUUAUUUUUCCUAUUCUUUCUAUAAGACAUAUUGUGCUCUAUAAUUUAACUUAUGAAUAGUACAAUGGGUUUUUGUUGUAUUGCAAAGCUUUAAAUAUAAAUUGCAGAGUGCUUCAGUAAAACACUACUGUUUGUUGUUAUUGUGUAAGUAAUAUUUUCCGUCAUGAAAGUGAAAUUCAAUGUAUGUAACCUAACUUCAGAUUGUCAGGUUUCUGAAAGGACACUGUCAGGCAAAUUUGAAAAUAUAUACAUUGAGAAUAAUUUUUUAUUAUAUCCUAUUUUAGUAUUAAUAUCUAUUAUAAACAAUUUUUCUGGCUAAAUAGCAAUUUCAGUAUUGUGUCAUGUUUUACAGUACCAAAAUAAUUCCCGAUAUCUAUGACUUCUUAAUGUAAACCAUUCUUUUGAUUGAUGUAACAUGUUUACGUACCACAGAAGAAUUUUUAAAUUAGUUGCAGUGUAUGUAUUAUGUAUUGAUGAGAGCAAAUGGCCUUCUUAUCCUGAUUCACAACACCUGUUUCUGCUCAGUAUUCUUUGUCAUGAAUGAAAACAAGUCUAUGUUCAUAUGUCAUAAAAAACAUUAAGCCACUGUUCAGCAACACUAGGUAAAAUGUUUGGGUUUGGUGCUUUUAAUAAUGACCUAUUAAAAAGCCUUUUGGAGUAUUUCAUAAAAGUUUUUAAAACAGUUUCCCACUACAUUUUUUAUUAUUAACAUUUUAUUGUUGAUAUUCUAGACCAAAUGGAUCGACUUUUGGAAAUCAGAUCAUUUAAUAUUAGGAAAAAACAGCAGUUCUUGUUUCUGCCAGGUUACUCAACUUUUUUAUCCUGCACACACCCAGGGUCUUUAGUUGUUUUAUUCUUUCAGUACGCACACAUGCACAAGUGUGAGUGCACACACACACAGACAUAUAGUUACACACAUAUGCACAAGUGUGAGUACGCACACACACAAGUGUGAGUGCACAC